UUUGGAUAAGCACGGAAGAGCGAUUGGGGCAAAAUGAUAAUCACCGCCAAAGUAGUGGCCAUUGGACUCGGCCUAGCACUUACGGCCUUCACCAUCUCCACUAUAGUGCUGGCCGUGCAGAAGGCUGAUUUGAAGGAUGAGCUACGCGAGGUGAAGGAAAAGCUCGACUUAUUGGAGCAGGAGCAGGGGCAAGGGCAGGCUACCACCCCACCAAGCAUCCCGGAAGAGACGAGUAGUACAGUUACAACGCCAACACCCGAAACUCCUGUAGAAAUAGAUUAUCGCCUUCCCGAUACGCUGACACCGAUCAACUACGAUCUUUAUCUGCACCCGAAUAUUGAGACGGAAAACUUUAGUGGUGAAGAAACUAUAACUAUUGCCGUUAACAAAUCAACCGAUAAAAUUAUUCUGCACUCACUCAACCUGGAAAUAUUGGACAUAUCGGCCACAUACACGGACGAUGGAAAUAAUAUACCCAUAAAGGGGAAAUCGUUGGAUUCCGUGCGCGAGUUCCUCAUUAUCGAGCUUACAGAAGAUUUGAUCCCAGACAGAAAUAUAAAGCUUGUGCUAUCUUUUGAAGGCAGCAUGGGGGGUAAGAUCGUGGGCCUCUACAGCUCAUCGUACUUAAAAGCUGAUGGCGUCGAGAAGAAGAGGAUAGCAACAUCAAAGUUUGAACCCACUUAUGCCCGUCAAGCAUUCCCCUGCUUUGACGAGCCCGCGUUGAAGGCGACCUUCGAGAUUACUUUGGUGCAUCCGCAAAGUGGUGACUAUCACUCGCUCUCCAACAUGGACAUUGCCACGACCAAGAUCGUGGGCGACUACAAUGAGGUCUAUUUCACGAAGAGCGUGCCCAUGAGCACGUAUCUGGCGUGCUUUAUUGUUUCUGAUUUUGCUAAGAAAACCGUCGAUAUUGAUACCAACGGCAUUGGCGAAUCGUUCAUCAUGAGUGUCUAUGCUACGCCCGAACAAAUCGAUAAAGUGGACUUCGCUCUGGAUGUGGGCAAAGGUGUCAUCGAGUAUUACAUCAACUAUUUCCAAAUUGAGUAUCCGUUGCCAAAACUUGAUAUGGCAGCCAUUCCAGACUUCGUUUCUGGCGCCAUGGAGCACUGGGGUCUCGUCACCUAUCGGGAGACCUCUUUGCUCUACGAGCAACAGUCCAGUUCCACGGCAAACAAGCAGCGCAUCGCCAGCGUAAUCGCCCAUGAGUUUGCGCACAUGUGGUUCGGCAAUUUGGUGACAAUGCAUUGGUGGAAUGAUUUAUGGCUCAAUGAGGGCUUUGCAAGCUUCAUUGAGUAUCUGGGCGUUAAUGCAGUCUUUCCCGAAUGGCAAAUGCGAGAUCAAUUUAUAGUCAGCACCUUACAUGGCGUACUCACACUGGACGCCACCUUGGGCUCCCACCCGAUUGUGCAAACUGUAACAACACCAGAUCAAAUCACUGAAAUCUUUGAUACCAUCACCUAUUCGAAAGGUUCCUCACUGAUUCGCAUGCUGGAGGGCUUUCUGGGCGAGCCUGACUUCCGCAGGGCAGUCACUAACUAUCUGAAUGAAUACAAAUACCAGAAUGCUGUCACCGACAACUUUUUGGCUGAGAUUGACAAGUUGGGCUUGGAGUUCAAUGUGACCGACAUUAUGCUAACAUGGACAAUGCAAAUGGGCUUACCGGUGGUCAAUGUUGAGCAGAUCUCCAACACUGAAUACAAAUUGACGCAGAAGCGCUUCUUGUCCAAUCCCAAUGACUAUGACGUCGAGCAUGAGGCUUCGCCAUUCAACUACCGCUGGACUAUACCUAUCACAUAUACGACUAGUUUGAAUGAGGCGGUAACGUUAGACUGGUUCAGCUACGAUCAAAACGAAAUCAUCAUCAGCGUGCCCCAAGAAGUGCAAUGGAUCAAAUUUAAUCACGAUCAAGUCGGCUACUAUCGCGUUAACUAUCAGGAAACGUUGUGGGAAUCGUUGGCCGAACGCCUCGAGAGCUCUCCGGAUACCUUCACGAGUGGCGAUCGCGCAUCGCUUCUGAAUGAUGCCUUCGCCCUGGCCGACUCCACCCAGUUGCCAUAUGAUGUUGCCUUAGAUAUGACGCGUUACUUAAAAGAAGAGCAGGACUAUGUUCCCUGGAGUGUGGCAGCUUCCAAGCUUACUUCGCUGAAACGCACGCUCUACUACACCAACAGCUACGUUAAGUACAAGAAGUAUGCGACGGCACUGAUCGAUCCAAUCUAUACGGCCCUCGGAUGGACGGUUGGCGAGGACCAUCUUAACAACCGCUUGCGUGUGACCGCUCUUAGCGCCGCCUGCUCCCUGGGCCUAGAAUCUUGUCUCACUGAGGUGGGAGUUCAGUUCAAUAGUUGGCUUGCUACUCCCAAUGAGCGACCAAACCCGGAUGUACGCGAAAUCGUAUACUACUAUGGCAUGUUGUCGGUGGGCAAUCAAGAGAUAUGGGAGGCGGUUUGGAAGCUGUUCAUUGCAGAGACUGAUGCCAGUGAGAAGUCGAAGCUCAUGUAUGGACUGGCUGCCGUACAGGAGCCAUGGUUGCUGCAGCGGUACAUCGAUGAGGCCUGGAAUGAGGAAAAUGUGCGCGGUCAGGACUACUUCACCUGCUUGACCUACAUUGCUGCCAAUCCGGUGGGUGAGCCACUUGUUUGGGAUCACGUACGAGAGAAUUGGACCAAACUGGUUGAACGUUUUGGACUAAACGAGCGGUAUUUGGGAAAUCUAAUACCGUCGAUAACAGCACGUUUCAACACACAAACCAAACUAGAAGAAAUGGAGAGCUUCUUUGCUAAAUAUCCAGAGGCGGGCGCAGGAACAGCGGCCCGUGUCCGUGCAUUGGAGACGGUGAAGAACAACAUUGUAUGGCUUGCCGAGAAUUUGGAAAGCGUUGAUGCCUGGUUGGAGAAACAUUGCACACGAGAGUUCAAAGAAGUUGUUUGUAGUUCUCCACUAAAGCUGAACAAGAGAAUAUUAAGAAAAACUCUAAGCAAAGAGUGUAAAGAGAUGAAUCUUAAGGACUUUUACUUCGCAUUGACAAUAUUCUGUACCUUAAUAAAUGUGCAUGCCGGGGGCAGCCUAACUACCAACGACAAUGAGAGAAAAAUCGACUACCGACUACCAAGGACGCUAACGCCCUUGAGCUAUAAAAUUUACUUACAUCCCGACCUUGAAAGAGGACAUUUUAGUGGUCAGGAGGAGAUUAAAGUGCAAGUAAAUCAACCCACUAAGCAAAUAAUACUACAUGCGUACGAACUAAAUAUAACAAGCGUCGUCGUGGAAAUUGCGGGCACUUUUCCGGCAUUGGAAGUGGCAAACUAUGAGCUGGACGUCGUACGAGAAAUGCUCAUUAUCGAUAUGGUGGAAAAGCUACCUUUGAAAAAAAUAAUUGUGAGCAUAAUGUUCAAUCAAAAAAUGUUGAACAAGCUGGAGGGGCUUUAUACCAGUACCUAUUAUACGCCGGCUAACGAGCCUAGAACGAUUGCGACUACUAAAUUCGAGCCUAGCCAUGCACGUCAGGCCUUUCCUUGUUUUGAUGAGCCUGCGUUUAAGGCUACAUUCACAAUAUCUGUCCUUCAUCCCACCGACUCCUACCACGCGCUCUCUAAUAUGAACCAAGUGAAUUCCAUCAACUUCGGUGAAAAUACUAAGACCGUUUUCGAAGCUAGCGUGCCCAUGAGCACCUAUCUUGCCUGCAUCAUUGUCUCUGAUUUUCAGUCGAAGAGCAAGAAUGUCAAUGCAAAAGGAAUAGGGCAUGAUUUUACCAUGCGGGCUUUUGCAACGCCCCAUCAGGUGGAUAAGGUCCAGUUCGCACUUGACUUUGGUGUUGCUGUGACAGAGUACUACAUCCAAUACUAUCAAAUUCCGUAUCCGUUGCCAAAGCUCGAUAUGGCUGCCAUACCAGACUUUGCUUCAGGUGCCAUGGAGCACUGGGGUCUGGUUACAUAUCGGGAGACGGCGCUGCUCUAUGACGAGAAUUACAGUUCAACCGCGAAUAAACAGUCUGUAGCUGGCACUCUUGCACACGAAAUUGCACACAUGUGGUUUGGGAAUCUUGUGACCAUGAAGUGGUGGAAUGAUAUCUGGUUGAACGAGGGCUUUGCUCGCUAUAUGCAAUACAAGGGCGUACAUGCAGUGUACCCCGAGUGGGACAUGCUAACCCAAUUCCAAAUAACCGUUCUACAUUCGGUACUUAAUUUUGAUGCAAAACUCUCCUCACAUCCCAUUGUGCAACCAGUAGAGACACCAAGUCAAAUAAACGCGAUAUUCAACACCAUCAGCUACGACAAAGGCGCUUCAGUGAUUCGAAUGCUUGAGGAUUUGGUUGGAGCCGAGAUUUUUGAGGAAGCAGUUAUCAACUAUUUGAAAAAAUAUCAAUUCUCAAACGCCGAAACGGACGACUUCCUAAGCGAGGUUGCUGCACUAGUGAGCUCUUUUGAUGUCAAGGUCUUUAUGCGCACAUGGACUGAGCAAAUGGGCUACCCAGUCGUAGAAGUCGAGCGCCUUGACGACACUAGAUACUUGGUCACACAGAAGCGUUUCCUAUCUAAUAAAAAUAGCUAUGACAAAGUUCCAGAUGAUUCCGAAUUCGGCUACAAAUGGAGUAUUCCACUCACCUAUGUGACGGACACGGAAUUUGUUCCCCAAUACCAUUUCUAUGAAUACAAUAGUGCUCCGAUAACUUUAACAACAUCUUCUCCCUCUCAGUGGAUCAAAUUAAACACACAUCAAGUGGGCUAUUACAGAGUGAACUACGAAGAGAGUCUGUGGAAAAAACUUAUUGAAGAGUUGAUCUACAAUCCCACAAGCUUCGACACUGCCGAUCGUGCUAAUUUGCUCAACGAUGCCUUCGCUCUGGCCGAUGCCGACCAAUUACCCUAUAAAAUAGCGCUCGACUUGAGUGCAUAUUUGCCGCAGGAGCGCGAUUUUGUGCCGUGGCAUGUGGCAACAGAGGCUUUGAAAAAGUUGCAUCGCCAUCUUAAAAAAAGAGAGUCCUUUUCGAACUAUGCCCGGGAUCUACUACAGAAUGUAUACAUGGACGUGGGCUGGACUGUUGAUACGGACAACCAUCUCCGCAACCGAUUACGUGUGACUGCUCUGCGCACCGCCUGUUCCCUGCGCCUAGAAUUCUGUCUUACUGAUGUGUCCGAACAAUUUUAUAAUUGGCUUGGGGACACCAAGGAGCGACCACAUCCAGACCUGCGUGAAAUCGUCUAUUACAACGGCAUGGUGUCGGUAGGCAAUGAAGAUAUAUGGGAAAAGGUGUGGCAACUAUACCUCGACGAGACCGAUGCCAGUGAAAAGGCGAAGCUCAUGGUCGGACUGGCUGCCAUACAGGACCCCAAGGUGUUGCAACGCUACAUCGAUGCGGCCUGGAUUGAGAAAAAUGUGCGCGGUCAGGACUACUUUACGUGUUUGAAGAGCAUAGCAGCUAAUCCCGUGGGUGAACCACUUGUUUGGAAUUACGUGCGCAAGAACUGGACUAAGCUGGUGGAACGUUUUGGACUGAGAAGCUCCGGCUUGGGGAAAUUGAUCUCCUCGAUAACGGCGCGUUUUAGCACUCGAAGCAAAUUGCAAGAAAUUGAGCGCUUCUUUAGGAAAUAUCCAGUGGGGGGCGCCGGAAAAGCCGAACGAGCGCGUACCUUGGAGCAGGUGAAAAAUAAUAUUGCGUGGCUGAGGGCGAAUUUGAAGAGCGUUGUUUCAUGGCUGGAAAAUCGACAGCGAUAGGCCGUGGGCACGGAUGUUACGAUAUAUAUAUAUAUAUAUAUAUAUACAAGAAUAUAUAAGUUCCCAUGCGAUUGCCACAAUUUAUUGUGCCCGUUUAAUUAUCAUUGUAAAGCAUUAUUUGCCUCGAUAAUACAUAAAGAUUACUGCGAUAUGGGAAAAAACA